CAAACAGAAAGACAAGAUUCCUGAGGGUUCGGCUGCCUUCCCAUGGUUAUGCCGGCCUCCUCCUCCUCGGCCACCGGCUGCCCGACAGCUCAGCCGCUCGAGGGAGCCGGCAGCAAGCACUUGGGGCGGAGGGCCGGUGCCGGCAGGGAUGGGGGCGGGGAGCCACUCAGCACUCAAGGACAGCAGGGAGAGGGGCUGCCUGGCUUACCCAUCUGAUUGUCUGUCUGCACUGGAGCAUGGCCGCCACGGCCCGAGCCUCUGAGAAGAGUUGCCUGUCUGCUCUGGGCCCAGAGCCUCCCGGGUCCUGGCUCUCCACGCACACACAGGCGGUCCCCUCCAGAAACCAGGGAGCCGAGGUCAAGGGGAGGAGGGGCACGGAGGCCGAGGGGAGAGUGGGCUGGAGGGGUAGAAUUUACCGGGAAAUGAUUGCCUUUGGGAGCUGUCUUUUUUUGUCACGGUCCCCAUGGUGACAAUUUGUGACAGCAAAGAAUGUGGGAACGGGGCACUGCGGCCUGAUUGGGAUGCUUUGUAUUUGGAGAGGCGCUCCUGAUUGGCCUGGGGCCUCCAGCUCCCAGGACGCGCUCCUCCAUUCAGCCCACUUGAGGGCCUGCCGGCCGGACAGACAGACAGACAGAGCUCACUGGCUGCUGGGCCCGGCCCCGAUCUUCAGCGGCGGGGAACCUGCCGGCCAUACGGGCCGGAGCUGGGAGCCGGGAGCCGGGGGCCUGGACCGGGUCCUCUCUGAGCCGGUCCCUGGAGCCGCCAGCGCCCCUCCUUCAUGGACAGCCCCGAGCCGAGGCCCUCUGGUGAUGGCCUCUGACAGCGACGUGAAGAUGCUGCUCAACUUUGUGAACCUGGCGUCCAGCGACAUCAAGGCUGCCCUGGACAAGUCGGCGCCCUGCCGUCGCUCCGUGGACCACCGCAAGUACCUGCAGAAACAGCUCAAGCGCUUCUCCCAGAAGUACGCCCGUCUCCCUCGGGGCCUCCCCGGCAGGGGCACCGAGUCUCUCCUGAGGAGGCCGUCCCUCCACCCAGGCCCCGAGCCCACCGGCGGGGCCGGGGGCUACCAGGAGCCGGCCCUGGGGCGACCCUACCGGGAGGAAUGCCUCUCCCAAGAGCUGGGCCCCCCGGGGCUGAAUCCCGAGGUGGCUGGGCCUGGCCAGGUGCCCAUGCGGAAGAGACAGCUGCCCGCCUCCUUCUGGGAGGAGCCACGGCCCACCCACAGCUGCCCCCUGGGGCUGGACGGGGCCCUGGGCCUCCGCGAGGCACCUCCCUACGAGGGCAAGCAACACUGCAAGGGCCUGGGCUCCCUGGGGCCUGAGGUGGUCCCCGUGCCCGCUUCCCCACAGCCACAUGCCGAGAAGGAGCUGCUUAAGAUGCCUGGGGUGUCCUUGCUGGGUUGCACCAAUGCCUGGAGCUGCUGCCCCUUCCAGUGCCGUGGACAUCCCGUCUACCCGGGGCUCCCAGGGGCCCUGGCGCCCAGUCCCACACCUGGCCUGGGCUUCUGGAGGAAGAGCCCAGCCACCCCCGGGGAGCUGGCCCACUUCUGUAAGGAUGCCGACGGCCCGGGCCCCAAGGUGCACAGGCCCGUGGUCCUGAAGCCCAUCCCCACCAAGCCGGCCAUUCCCCCUCCCAUCUUCAAUGUCUUUGGCUACCUCUAGCGGGGCAGGGCGGGUCUGGCCCAGGGCCGUAGGGGUGUCAGGACCCUGAGGUUCUCCCCGAGUGGUGGGGUGCGGUGGGGUCCCCCAGGCUGAGCCACCUGUUUGUCUCUCUGCCUCCCGCAGGGCAUGUCUGCCUCAGCUGCUGUUCUUUGUUGUUCUUUGUACAUAUUGAGAAAGUUAAAGAAUAAAGAUGGUUCCUUUUGCAGUUUCAAA